UAGUCACUUAUGUCAAAUUCGUUUUCGUUUUAUUCCCCUUUCAGACUUUGAUUCGAACUGAUCGCCUCACCCGAUACAGUUUUUUCUUGGAAAUUUUCUGUACUUCCGCUAAAUAUUGGGGUUUCCUUUCCUCCCAAGUACGUGUAAUAAUAAUUUCUGGUAAGAACAAUGGUUUCCCUGGUCAAAGACAAGGCCGAGCUGGAUAUGCGCAUGUCCGGCGCCCUUAAGAAAAUUGUCAUCUUGGACUUCUUUGCCAACUGGUGUGGACCGUGCAAGGUCUGUGCACCCAAGCUGAAUGUACUGGCCGAUCAAUAUUCCGAGCACGUAAUGAUCUUGAAAGUCAAUGUUGAUGAAAAUGAAGAUAUUGCCGAGGAUUUCAAUAUAACCAGCAUGCCAACGUUUAUACUGAUCAAGGAGGGUGAAGUCCUGGAUACCAUCAUUGGGGCCAAUAUGGAUAAGCUUAAGAAAUCCAUGGAUAAACAUAUUGCUGAAAAUGAUGUGGAUGCUGCUGCUGCCGCUGCUGCUGCCGAUGAGGAAAUGUCCAUUGCAGAGGAACAGCAACAGAAUGCGCCCAUUAUAUAUCAGGGUCAAGGCGAGAUAGAGAACCAGCAACAGGGCAACAACUAAGGGUAGAAGGUCAACCAACUGAGCACAGGAUAUCCCUAUAUAUAUAUAUACAGAACACCUGACACACACAACUUUAUAUAUGGGAAAUCCUGUGGCCCAUUUUAAAACAUUAGUUUACUUAUUAUAAAUAUUAUAAAUAGAGAUUAAAAACUGCCUCCGUGAAAGGGGAAUUCU